AUGUCAGACGGUAACCAGACUUUACCAGACCAUUUCAGACCGCUUCACUACUCAAUUGAGCUUGAUUGCUCAAAACUUCAAGAUGACAGCUUUUCUGGAUCGGUUUCUAUCACCUUUCAAGUAAACCAGAAGUCAAAUAAGGUGUUUCUGAACAUUAAGGAUCUGAAAGUCCUUGAUGCGAACAUUGUAGCUAAAAAUGGCAGCUCGAUUGCACUUAGUUCUCAGACUUACGACGGAACCACUGAUGUCGCUAUUUUGACGUUUGCAGAGGAGCUUGCCCAAGACUUUACUCUUAACAUCGCCUACGAGGGCGCAAUUCAAACCAACAUGACAGGUUUUUACAAAUCUGAGUAUCUUGACCCAGAAACCGGUGAGAAGAAAGUAAUGCAUUCCUCUCAGUUCGAAGCAACCGACGCAAGAAAAGCAUUCCCCUGCUUGGACGAACCAGCACACAAGGCCACUUUUGACGUAACUAUAACGGCUGCAUCUCACUUGACAGUCCUUUCCAACAUGCCUCUUAAGUCAUCGACUUCGCUAGAAAAUGGGGCAAAAACUGUGCACACUUUCCGUAGGUCCCCAAAAAUGUCCACAUACCUGGUGGCAUGGGCACUUGGUGAAUAUGACUACAUUGAAAAGCACACCGAAAAAUGCAUUUACCCCUGUGAUGGCAAGGAAGGCUCGCAGCAAGUCCAAAAACUUCCUGUUCGCGUAUACACGGCAAAAGGAAAGUCUCACCAGGGCCAAUUCGCACUGGACGUUGCUUGCAGAGUCAUUGACUAUUACUCUGAUUUGUUUGGCAUACCAUACCCAAUUCCCAAAUUGGAUCUGUUGUGUGUUGAGGCCUAUUCUCAUAACGCCAUGGAGAACUUCUCUUUGAUCACUUUUAGACCUACCGCCCUUUUACUCGAAGGACCUGUUGAAGCAAGCAGCCCGCUGUCGCUUCAAAAAAUUGCGUAUGUCGUCUGUCAUGAAAUUGCUCACCAGUGGUUCGGAAAUCUGGUAACGAUGAAAUGGUGGGAUGAACUGUGGUUAAACGAAGGCUUCGCCACCUGGAUUGGUUAUUAUGCUGUCAAUUGGAUGUUCCCGGAAUGGGACGUUCCAUCACUUGUAAUGUGGAAGUCCCACGAAGUCGCAUUAGAGCUGGACUCUUUGAAGGAAUCACACCCAGUCAAAGUUAGCGUCAAAAACGCAAAGGACAUAGAUCAGCUUUUUGAUACUAUUUCAUAUUUGAAAGGCUGCUCGCUGCUUGAAAUGAUAAGUGAGUUCUUGGGCUCCGCUUAUUUCAUUAGAGGUGUUGCCUUAUAUUUGAAGCGUAAUGCCUUCUCUAAUGCUACUAUGGAUGAUUUGCUUGAUAGCGCGGGCGAGGUAUGCAAGAUCGACGUUCGAUCACGUCUUAACAAUUGGAUACUCCGGACCGGGUACCCACUGUUAGUCGUAGAUGAGGAGUCUACAGGAAGAUUGAAAUUAAGUCAAGAAGGCAUUAGUUUGGGGGUUGACCCAUGCACAUGGUGGAUACCUCUAAUGUCAAGCAAGGGCUCCUCGGGCGAAAAGCUUGAGCUUUCGGAAAACAGCCUCAGUCUAGAGUACCCCACGGACGAGCUUGUGCAUUUGAAUGCGAAUGGCUUCGGUUUUUAUCGUGUCGAGUAUAGAAGCGCUUCUCUUUUGUCAAAAAUCUGCGCCAAUCUUGAGAAACUUUCAUCUCGGGGCAAGAUCGCGUUGGUCUCCGAUGUGCAAACUACGGCUAGUGCUGCUGUUUUGCUCGACGUCUUGGGGUAUUUUACUAAAAUACAAGACCCUUACGAUUAUUACGUGUGGGCAGUUGUAUUCGAAAGCUGUUCGAGACUCCUCCUACUCUUGGACACUUCAUCAAACUUGUACGGGAAAGUUAAGUCCUUCAUCAAGCUGGCGAUAGAACCUCAAGUAUCUGAUGCCCUGUCCUUUUUGCGCGACCCUGAUUCGCUUCUAAUGAGCUACGCUGAUAAAAGGCGUGCUUUGAAAGCUCAGUUUUAUGAGCAGAUCCUGUUGAUGGCAGGAGAAGUAUGCCACGAACAAGUUGUCGAACAGUGCGUAUCUCAUUUCCGUUCCAAAAAAAGCAGUCCUGUGACCAGGCAGAUAGUGAUGUCAGUUGUUUUAUCACAACCCGAGACGUCGCUCGAAACAUUUGAUGCCGUUGUUGAAGAACUAAAAACUGCUACACUCGCACAUAAAGAGGGCUUGCUGGCAGCGUUGGGUAAAGUUCGCAAUCCCUUACUUUUUGCCAAGACUUUUGAUUUGAUUUUCCAGGUACAAACCAUGGACGUUCAGUUUUUGGCCGAAGCGAUGGGUAAAAACGCUGACAUUCGUUGCGCUUUGUGGUCAUUUAUUAAAAGCAGUUAUGAGAAGAUACACGCGCGAAUUGGCUCCAAUCCAACAGUUCUUGAACGAUUCGUGAGAUUUUCACUCAGUAACAUGAUUGGAUCUUCGCUGAAACUUGAAAUAGAACAGUUCUUCGCGGACAAGGAUGUGUCGAAUUACGACAGAGCGUUAAAACAGACUUUGGAGAAAAUUGGUAAAAGCACUCAGUACGCCGAGGCCAAUGUUUAG